CGUGUGCUGUAGCCCUCGCUGCAGAGCUGACCUAAGAAAUACUUGACAUCCUCGUGAGCGAUGGAAGAAAUCUAUGUCAAUGUUGAAAAUGCCAAACCUGUCGACACGAGCCCUUCAGCAGCUCCAGCAGGUCCCAGGAGCUCAGAGAGGAGAUUUCUUCCAGCUGUUAUCCUCUGUCUGGGGCUGCUCUGCCUUUGCCUGCUGGCCGGACUCAUCGGCCUCACUGUGCACUAUCGUGACCUCGCCCGUGAUUCAGCUAUAGUUUUCACCACUGUCAAAGCCAAUUUCACUGAGCAUCUCCAGGCCAGAAUUAAAGAGAGAGACGUGCUGAACGCCAGCCUCACUGAACUGAGUCAAGAGCUGGACAGACUUCAGAGUUUGUUCAAACAGAAGAAAACCUGUCCUGCAGGGUGGAGGAUGUUUCAUUGUUCGUGUUAUUUCCUCUCCACUGUGUCUGAUUCGUGGGAAAACGGCAGACGGGAAUGCAGAGACAGAGGAGCAGAUCUGGUGAUCAUAGACACUUAUGAAGAACAGGAAUUUCUCACUAAUUUCGUCAGGGGACACACUUGGAUUGGUUUGAAUGACAGAGACAACGAGGGCACCUGGAAAUGGACGGAUGGAUCUCCACUGACUGAUGCGUACUGGAACGGCAAGCCUGAUAACGGUGGUGGAGAUCCACGGUGGGGUGAAGAGGACUGUGUAGAAAUUUUAGCCAGCAGACAGACUCGAUCAAACUGGAAUGAUUUGAGAUGUGAGGACUCUCUGCCAUGGAUCUGUGAAAAAAUAGCCUAGCAUUUAGAAGCUGUAGUUGUUAAAUUAUAAAAGUAAUAUUUUGUCAAAUUUGCUGAAACUGUCACUAAAUCCACG